AUGUCAUCAGAUCUGAUUUCGCAGGCUGAGAGCAUUAGCAAUAUCGAAAUUUUGAGAGCUCUUUUUAUUACUGAUACCCACACCACUGUGGGCGAUGUAGCUGUCCCCAGCGCUGAACCUGGUGUUGAGCACGACCAGAUCUCCCCAGGUGAAUCUGACGAAGAGAUCGAAGAGAAUAUCAGUGAUCAAAACAACAGCUCGAGUCAGAAAAGGCUUCAGAAUGCUCAAUUUGAAGCACUACUUACUCGGCGGGCUGAAGAUACUUCAAACGAGAACAUCGAUAGGGUGCCAUUGAACUUGUCCGACAACGAACUAUCUAUAGCGCAUCUGGUGGCGAAACAGGAUGUGGGGGGUGGGCUGUUGGACCCUAGAGAAUACCAGAUUGAGCUAUUCGAAAGAGCAAAAGCACAGAAUACAAUUGCCGUUUUGGAUACAGGAUCAGGAAAGACUUUGAUCGCCGUCCUCCUGCUGAGACAUGUCCUUCAGAACGAGCUGAACGAUCGGGCUAAUGGAAAACCACAUCGCGUAUCUUUCUUUUUGGUUGACAGUGUCACGCUUGCCUACCAGCAGGCGGCCGUACUACGCAACAAUAUUGACCAGAAUGUGGCACAUUUCUUCGGCGCCAUGGGUACUGAUCUGUGGGACAGACAAGUCUGGGAGGAACAUUUGCAGCAGAAUAUGGUCAUUGUGUGCACUGCAGAGAUCCUGAACCAAUGCUUGCUCAAUUCACAUGUGAGGAUGAAUCAGAUAAAUCUGCUAAUCUUCGAUGAGGCCCAUCACACGAAGAAGGACCAUCCAUAUGCAAGAAUUAUCAGAGAUUCUUAUUUCAAAGCAUCGCCUCCUCAACGUCCACGGAUCUUUGGAAUGACAGCAUCGCCAAUCGAUACAAAAGGCGAUAUCAUUGCGGCCGCAACGAGACUCGAGACUUUGUUGGAUAGCCGAAUCGCCACAACAUCAAAAAUCACCCUCUUGCGGCAGGUUGUCAGUCGUCCAAUAGAAAAAGUGUGGGCUUAUGACAGGCUUGAAUCUCCUUUCAAAACAAAUCUCCAUAAGCUCAUGGAGAACCGCUUCGGAAAUGUCAAGGCCUUGGAAGGCGUCUUCAGAUUUGCCUGGUACGCUAGCUCAGAGUUAGGGAGAUGGUGCUCUGACAGAGCAUGGUUAUAUGCACUGGCAGAUGAUGUGCUCCCGAAGCUUGAGGGCCAUGUCAACAAACUCGCCGAAUCCACGGCUGCAGCCACAGAGCGAGAUAUGGCUUUUAAGGAAAUCACGCUCAUUAAGGAAGCUAGCAACAUCGUCAAGGCUCAUACAUUCAAUGAUCCGGAAUUUCCAGGCGAACUCAGCCCCAAAGUGAGACUCCUUCAGACGGAGCUCAGCAAGCACUUCAGCCAUGCACCAGAAACAAAGUGUAUCAUCUUCACACAGAAGCGCUACACGGCGAAAACUCUUCACGAGCUCUUCACAAUAUUGAGCAUACCGCAUUUACGUCCGGGGGUUCUUAUCGGUGUUAGGUCUGGUGAUAUUGGAGGAAUGAACAUAACCUUCCGACAGCAGUUCCUUGCCUUGGUCAAAUUUAGAAAAGGAGAGAUUAAUUGCCUGUUUGCUACCUCAGUUGCUGAAGAAGGUCUUGAUAUUCCAGAUUGUAAUCUGGUAGUUAGAUUUGAUUUAUACCACACGCUCAUUCAAUACGUUCAAAGCCGGGGACGUGCUAGGCAUUAUCACUCCACGUACGCCAGUAUGGUUGAGAAAGACAACUCUGAUCAUGAAGCGCGGCUAAGAGAGGUCCGAGAGGCUGAAAAAACCAUGCAAAACUUUUGUGAGACCCUUCCCGAAGAUCGAAUCCUACAUGGAAACGACCAUGAUUUAGAUUCACUUCUUCAACAUGAGGAGGGAAGAAGGACUUUCACCGUGAAGAGCACAGGAGCAAGGCUCACGUACCAUUCUGCUAUUGCAAUCCUUGCUCGCUAUGCCAGUUCUUUGGUAAGGUCCUCCAACCAUGCCUUAAUGGCUUCUUAUAUUGACAAUACUUGGAAGCAAUAUGAGAAAGAAACCACGCCUCAGGCCACUUAUGUGGUCCAGUCCGUGGGCAACACAUAUGUUUGCGAGGUGAUAUUGCCAGAAAAGUCUCCAAUUCGAGGGCUCACUGGAAGCCCCGCAAUACGAAAGUCCAUUGCCAAACAAUCUGCAGCAUUCGAUACGUGUCUCUUGCUCCGAAGACAUAAGCUGCUUGACGACUUUUUCAAGUCAAUCUAUCACAAGCGCUUGCCUGCAAUGAGGAAUGCAAAAUUAGCCAUCACGUCCAAGAAGACGAAUCAGUAUGACAUGCUAUUGAAGCCAUCCAUUUGGCGAAGACACCAGGGAAUUCUGCCUAGCAAGCUUUAUGGGACUAUUCUCUCUCUCUUACCGUCAGAGCCUUUGAGUAGGGAACAUCAGCCCAUCCUUGUGCUAACCCGCGAGAAACUUCCAGACUUUCCAGCAUUCCCUAUCUAUCUCGAUGAAGACAUUGAGACCAAGGUAGUUCCACGUUCUUUGGAUACUGGCAUGGAGCUAUCGGCCGAGGAGCUGCGAGCGUUGACGACAUUUACACUCCGCAUCUUUCGAGACGUAUUCCAUAAGGUGUAUGAACAGGAAUCUGAGAAAUUGCCUUACUGGCUUGCACCGGCCGAGCCUUUGGAUGCAAAUGGCAGAGAGCCUGGACCUCGUGGUAUCAUCGACUGGAAAACAGUAACUUUCGUGCAAGAGAACGAUGAAAUCGUAUUUUCUAGGGAUCUGGCUCCAGAAUCCCUGGUCAACCGCUUCAUGUUCGAUAAAUGGGACGGAAGGUCCCGCUUUUUCACAAUUAAAGUGAUGGAAGGGUUGCGUGCUGCUGAUCCUCCUCCAUCUUCUGUGCCACGACGAAGGCACAUGGACAACAUCAUGAGCUACUGCCUGAGUCUGUCUAAGAACUCGCGAGCUAGAUUUCUUGCGGGCUGCCACUGGGACCAGCCAGUUCUUCAGGCUGAGCUUGUUCGUCUCCGAAGAAAUCUCUUGGAUAAGUUGACGACCGAGGAAAAGAAGAUACAGACAGAGUGCUUUAUAUGUGCUGAGCCCCUAAAGAUCUCUGCUAUUCCUCCCUCGAUUGCAUCUACCUGUCUCGCGUUUCCUGCGAUCAUCACCAGACUGGACUCUUAUCUCAUUUCCAUCGAAGCAUGUGAUGAGCUUGAUCUUGUGAUUAGGUCGGAUUAUGCGCUGGAGGCCGUCACGAAAGACUCAGACAACACUGAGGAGCACCGCGGCCAGCAAAUACACUUUCAGCGCGGCAUGGGGAAGAACUAUGAGCGAUUGGAGUUCCUGGGCGACUGUUUCCUCAAGAUGGCCACCUCCAUUGCGCUCUUUACACAAAAUCCAGAUGAUGACGAGUUUGAUUACCAUGUCAAUCGAAUGUGUCUCAUCUGCAACAAGAACCUCUUCAACACAGCAAAGAAGAGGCAAAUUUAUCGGUACAUCCGUAGCCGGAGUUUCUCCAGACACGUAUGGUAUCCUGAUGGUUUGACUUUGCUGCAAGGAAAGGAUCACAGCAAGAAGAUGCUGAGCCAAGCAAAGCAUGCUCUGGGAGAAAAGACAAUCGCCGAUGUUUGUGAGGCUCUCAUAGGUGCAUGUUUACUUUCAGGUGGCCCAGAGCACAGGUUUGAUAUGGGUGUCAAAGCAGUGAGUGUCUUUGUUGACAGCCCUAGCCACGCUGUUUCGCGCUGGAAGGAGUACAUUGGUCUUUACAAACCGCCCAAUUAUCAGGUUCGGAAAGCGGAGGGAGCCGAAACUAACCUGGCUCUUCAAGUGGAGGAAAAGCUGGGGUAUCAUUUUAGGUAUCCUAGACUUCUGUGCUCUGCAGUGACACACCCAUCCACGCCUUCAACGUGGUACUUUCGAGUGCCAUGCUACCAGCGACUUGAGUUUCUCGGGGAUUCGCUGUUAGACAUGGUGUGCGUGGAAGAUCUAUUUCAUAGAUUUCCAGAUCGCGAUCCUCAAUGGCUCACUGAACAUAAGAUGGCGAUGGUGUCAAACAAAUUUCUCGGCGCACUGGCUGUGAAACUAGGAUUUCAUAAGCAUAUUAAAGCUUUCAGCAACCCUUUGCAGGCACAGAUCACUUAUUAUGUUGAGGAGAUCGAGACUGCAGAGGCUGAAAGUGAAGGAGCGGUCGACUACUGGGUCGUUGCAAAGGAUCCACCAAAGUGCCUUCCAGACAUGGUAGAAGCGUAUCUUGGAGCCAUUUUUGUGGACUCGGAUUUCAGCUUCGAGGUGAUUGAAGCAUUCUUCCAGGCCCAGAUCAAGCCAUACUUCCAGGACAUGUCAAUUUAUGACACAUUUGCCAACAAGCACCCAACUACUUUCCUUCAUAACCGACUGGCAAACGAGUUCGGCUGCACCAACUACUGUCUAAAAGCCGGGGAGAUGCCCGCCAUAGAUGGAAUGCCGGCCGGGGUCCUGGCUGCCGUCAUUGUACACAACAGCGUGGUUUCAGAAGCCACGGCAUCUUCUAGUCGGUAUGCUAAAAUCAGAGCAAGCGAGAGAGCAUUGGUAGUGCUCGACGGACUUCUUCCAUAUGAAUUUCGUCAGAGGUAUAACUGCAACUGUCAAGUUGUGGGCAACCCUGCUUCAGCUCCGGACAUUGGGACUGCGAUAUGA